AUGUCUGAACGAAAUGUUGACGGCGAUGGGAAAACCAAGAAAAAGACUGGAAAUAGCAAUAAUAACAGUGCUGGUACCAAGAAAGGCCCAGAAGUGCCUCCAGGAUUGGAGCAUUUUCAUUCAAAGUACCCCAAGCCAACACAUUCAUAUUCCUAUUUGAUCACCACAGCCAUUCUAGAAAGCCCACAACAACAAAUGACUCUCAACGAAAUCUACGAAUGGGUCAUGGAGCGAUAUCCUUGGUAUCGAACUGCCAUCAAUGGCUGGAAGAAUUCAAUUCGCCAUAACCUGUCGCUGAACAAGGCUUUCAUGCGUGUACCUCGACCACCAAGCGAGCCUGGAAAAGGAUCCUAUUGGAAAUUAGAU